GAGAGAGAGAGGGAGAAGGGGAAAGAAAGAAAGGCACAGUGCUGUUUAAACAGAUCCCAUCGCAACAGAGCAAGCAGAAGUCACUUUUUUGGGGUGGGGGCUGCUCCAGGACCAUAUAUUCCAGGCGCUCCAACGUGCAGGAUAGUGGAUUGGAUUUUUUGUGUGUUUUGUUUUCCUUAAUUAAGGAUUUCCAGCAGCUCUCUCCGGGAUAUUUACAAUUUCCAUUCAUGUGUUGAAACGUGCGUGGCAUUUUUUUUUUAAAGGGAAACAACUCCAAGGCUAGGACCUGGUGCAAGUUUACUGAUCCAGAACCGCCGUUUCGGAUUUGCCACCUCCCCCCUUUCACUGUUUUAAUGGCAAAGAAACGCAGUUGAUGGGGCUAGUUUGCAAGGCAGGAUUUGUGUUUGCGAAGCAGCAGCCGCGUUUGCCUGUGACCCCUCUCGCUGCUUUAUCUUGGGCUGUAAAUUGCUAGUCAAUGUAGGGCAUCUCCUGAGCGUUUCCCGGGUCAGCCGCUGCAAAGGAGCGUUGGCAGGCGACCCCCAGUGUGUGUCGAUGUAGCCCCCCGCGGCGCCUUCUCGGCCCUUUCUUCCUCCCCUCCCCGCAGUCUCCCUCAUGUUGCAGCCUUGUUGCAAUCUAUCGGCGAUUAGCUGUGCAAGGCUUUUGCACGGCGCUGCGAGGGGCCGCCGCUCCAUGCGUGGUGGCGAUCGCGGGGCUUGCGCCGGGGAAGGAGCGGGCAUCAAAUAAAAAUCCAACCCCCCCAACCCCCGAAAUUACCAGCUCCGAGCUGUCGUAUGUUCAGGUCCAAACGCUCAGGUCUUGUGCGGCGACUUUGGAGAAGCCGUGUCAUCCCGGACAGGGAAGGGGCAGAUGGGAGCUCCAGGCAAAGCCAUGACCACGGUGGGGGCACCAGCCGCAGCAAAACCCCGGAGAAAAACCCCUCCUCGGAAAUCCGCACGGUAACCCGCAACCUGGCGAGGGACCCAGCGGAGCUGUGCGCCUGGGAGCCGGGCCAGGAGGGCAGGGGGAGCCCCAUGGCGGAGCGGGAUGGGCCCCGGGGCGGCCCCGGGCAGCAGCAGGAGGAGGACGGGGAAGAGGAGAGCCCGUGGUGGGCACAGGAGAGCGAAUGCAAAACAGUGACUUGCUGCCUCUUCAAGGAGCGGGAGCCGGGCAGCCCCAGGCCCGCGGGCGCCUCCUCCCGGGACAGGGAGCUGCGGUCUGGCGACUUCCCGCUGCGAGCCCCCCCGGAGCCCCGCAGCCGGGAGGCCCGGUCCCGGCUCCUGCUGCUGGAGCAGGAGCUCAAGUCCGUCACCUACUCGCUGCUGAAGCGGCUGAAGGAGAGGUCGCUGGACAGCCUGGUGGAGGCGGUGGAGUCCCGCGGGGGGAUGCCCAGCGGCUGCGUCCUGGUCUCCCGCAGCGAGCUGCGUCUGGGGGGCCAGGCGGCGCCCCCGCAGCUGCUCCUGGGCAAGUUGUUCCGCUGGCCGGACCUGCAGCACCCGGCGGAGCUGAAACCGCUGUGCGAGUGCCAGAGCUUCGGGCUGGCCGACAGCCCCACGGUCUGCUGCAACCCCUACCACUUCAGCAGGCUCUGUGGGCCAGAGUCUCCCCCGCCUCCUUAUUCUCGGCUGUCUCCUCAUGACGAGCAAAAGCCACUGGAUCUAUCAGAUUCCACGUUGUCUUACACUGAAACAGAGGCUACUAACUCACCAAACACCACCCCGGGAGAAUUCUCAGAUGCCAGUAUGUCGCCUGAUGCCAUUAAGCAGAGCCACUGGUGUAAUGUUGCCUACUGGGAACAUCGGACUCGUGUGGGACGCCUCUACACAGUGUAUGAACAGUCUGUCAGUAUAUUUUAUGACCUACCUCAAGGAAAUGGCUUCUGCCUCGGACAGCUAAACCUGGAAAAUAGGAGUGAGACUGUUAGAAGGACUCGAAGUAAAAUCGGCUAUGGGAUUUUACUUAGCAAAGAACCGGAUGGUGUGUGGGCCUACAAUCGCAGUGAGCACCCUAUUUUUGUCAACUCCCCAACACUGGACAUUCCCAAUUGUAGGACUUUAAUAGUACGCAAAGUGAUGCCUGGCUAUUCGAUAAAGGUAUUUGAUUACGAGAAGUCUUGCCUCUUACAACACGCCACGGAUCUGGAUUAUGCAGAUGGGCCCUACGACCCAAACAGCGUUCGGAUAAGCUUUGCUAAAGGAUGGGGGCCAUGUUAUUCGAGACAGUUCAUCACGUCAUGUCCUUGUUGGUUGGAGAUAUUACUCAGCAACAAUAGAUAACAAUCAGCCUCUGCCGAAAGAAAGGAGAAAAAAAAAAA